AUGCCAGGGCCUGACCUGCACACACUGACACAUCGACCGAGCUUUGUGGGGGAAGUGGGGCAACGUUCGGAACUGUGCCUGGCCGCACAACCCAGCUGGAAGUGUUCCUCAAGCAAUCCCGCUUCUGGACUAGACCAAAAAAAGCCCACAUGCUUCUACUUCUUGGUUCAGGAGCUUAUCAAUCAGCUGGUCGCAUCCAUCCGUGACCUUCCUUUCUUUGAGGACUUCGCUUUGCCGCAGCUCCGGGGUUUGGCCCGGGGCCUCCGCUUCCAGAACGCCAAGAACGGUGAGGCGCUGCCGCGGCCUCUCCACCUGCCGCCCACGGUCGAGCCGGAGCCGCCCUCCCUGGUGGUCCUCUGGGCAGGCAAAGCCGGCAAGUACCGCCGCGUUUCGGCCGCGGGAGAGGAGAUCAUUGCAGCGCAGAUCGAUUUGCUGGCAGUAGAGCAAGGUGCCAAGAAGACACAGAAGACCGGCACGUUGGUUUCGCCGUCCCCAGGCGAAAAGACUGAAAAGAAGGACGGAAUGCUCCACGACCUCGUGCCGGACCUGCUGGACGACGAGGUGAAGCCCGACAAAGAGGAUGGAAAGAUCUACCUGAAGCGCUACGGCGACCUGCAAAAAGGCUUCGUCCUGGGCCAGCGGGACAUCGUCGACCCGGGAGGGCCCGCCAUGCACGAGCCCACAGUGCGAUGCGAGGGCCGCUGCAAGAUUCUGCGCCUGACGCGGCGCGACUAUCUGCAUUGCCUCAAGGAGAUGCAGGUGGAGAAGCACCGAAUCGUGCACGCGCUGCGCAACAUCCCUCCCUCCAGGCCAGGGGAGCCCCAUCACCGCUCCGAGGAGCAGCUGUCGCUCCUGGCCAAGUUGGUGAGGAACACGCCUGAGCUGAAAAACUUCGAGAGGCCGACGUUGAUGCAAGUCCUCGGUGCGGCUACGUAUGUCAACGCCGGCAAGGGCCAUGUUCUUUUCAAGCAAGGGGAGAUCGGAGACCAGUUCUACGCCAUCAUCGAGUCUCGGAAGGAUAAGGGUCAAGUGAUAUUCACGGUAGAAGGUCGCACAGGCCCGGCUGUCUUGAGGCGAAGCCAGCGUGUGAGCACAUUCCCACACAGCGAAGUGAAGCCAUCCCUGCAGCCACAUUGGCUCCUCUUCGUGCUAUCAGCGUUUUCUCGGGAAUCGAAGCCUGCGCGAAUGGCCCGGGCGUUCCAUGGCUUCCUCGCUGCACUCCUCCGGCAAGCCGCACAGGAGGCUGUGCCAGGUGAUCUCUUGGGCGACGACGAGUGCCUGGAAAGCUCGACCUGUGCCCUGAAUGCCUUGCAGAUGCGUGGGAAGGCCAUGGAAGCGGAGGAGAGACAAAUGCCGUGGAUGAUGAUGCCGCCACCUGCGCGAUGGGGCAUGCCAAGGUACCACCCGUCACCGGUCAUGCCGCUCUACAUGCGACCGGAGCCUAUGGGGCCUAUGCCCUAUUAUUCGCCGGAAUCGUACAUGCACCCACAGCCUGCGACGUACAUGCAUCCACAGCCAAUGGAGCCGGCGGACAUGCAACCUGCGCAGCCGGAAGAAGAGCACCCAAAGAUGGUGAAGAGGCAGGUGAAGUACCUGCCUUUGUCGCCUGUUGGCUGGGGCAUGAUCGCCGAUGAUGAAGGCAUGCAGAUUCGUCAGCUCACAUCCGACCUCAAGGGCUGCGAGGGCGAGUGUACAAAUGAUCCUCAAUGCCAUAGCUUCGUCUUCUGCAUGAACGGAGGCUGCUACCUCAAGACUGCGCAGUUCCGCACUGGACAGGAGCCUGUUCACUACAGUGGCUUUUGCUCCACUUACUGGACCCCUGCAGUGGACACCUCCCAGCCAUCGGUCAGGCCGACACUGCCGCCCGUUCAGCACGUUGAGGUCAAGCAGUGCGGCAAGGAUGAGGUGCCCGAGCCCAGUGGGAGCUGCGUGGCUUCGACUCAACCCGAGCUGAUGACCUUCUACCAGUACAGUGCGCAGAAGAAGCAGAACGUCGACGACCGUGUCUGGGAGAAUGUGAACUUUGCCAACAUUGGUGGCGUCAUGUUCUACCUGCACAACGAGGUCGUGGACAAAGCUGGCGAGAUGCGCAAUGCGGAGGGCGAUCGGACACCAAAGUUCAACAUCGACCGCAUCCUUCGCUUCAAGGUGACGAUGAAGAACCCUGAUGCUCUUUGGAAGAAGUACAGGUCGCAGUUCGGGCAGUUCAUCCAGUUCGACUAUGGCCAAGCUACCUUCGGAAUGCCAGACCACGUCGAAAAAUGCAACGCAAUUUGGGAGACGAUCGGGUACGAGGUGGGGUGCCAGCCGAACCCUGUGGGCAUCUCCGGCUACGAUGGAGGCUACUGGACCUCCUGGCCUGGACGCUGCCCUUCCAUGCCCUUCUCAGACUCGUGCCUUGAGUAG